AUUUUUCUUCUCUCCAUCUCAUCUGCAUUUUUUGCAUCUACAAACUUCGUCCUUUCGCAUCAACCUCUAGGAGGAUAUGAAUUGUCAAAAUCUCGUCCAGACCCUGAUAGAGUCCUUUAAUGCCUUAGCCGAUGAAGUUCAAAAUCUGAGCGACAGACAAACUGUCUUGGAGCAUAAGCUCCGAUAUGCUCAUGAACAGUUUCAAUACUUAGCCGACAGAUAUGCCCCGGCGGCGCCAGAGAUCUCGGAGACCUUACUAAAUUUGCAAAUUCCUCCCGAACUGCAUAACCCAUCCCUAGCAAAUAAUAGCUUCGUUCCUUUACCUAAGAGGAAAACCUCCGAUUCAAAACAUCAGAUCGCUGUUAUUAUCAGGGAAGGGAGACGCGUUGCCUCAUCUCUGACAGCUACUAGCAAGAGCAGUCGGUCUAGUAGAGACAGCUUCCCUCCAACGACCAUGACUACCCUUUCGACUAUUCUCGAGCAAGAUUUCACUGUCGAAGGGAAGAAGGGCAACUUGAAUUGUCCCUUCUCUCAACGGAAUUCCAAUACGGAAGAGAAAAAGGAUGGCGCACCCAAUGAUCAACCAAGCACAAUCCCACACGAUUCUCAGGAUCCUAUCUGUUUAGCUAUGGGAGACGAUCCAUCUUCGCAGCCUGCAGCUUCCAAAUGCCCAAUCCGCUACCUGGAUCAGCACUCGCCUGAAGAGAUCGCCCAUUACCUAGAGACCCACAAACAUGAGUUACCGAGAAGUCACGAGGUUUGCGUGAGGAGAUAUCAGAAAAACGAGGACCACAUCAAGAAACUAGACGCCAAGUACGGCAAUCUUGCUAGCAUGGUUGAAGGUCUUAGUCGGAUUCAUCAACCUAUGUUACCUGAGCAGGACACACGGCCUCAGAGCGAGGUCGAGAGGACUUCAAAUGAGCGCGUUGAGACUUGGGCUCAGACAGUCAGUGCAACUGUCACAGAUGACCCGGACCGUACUGUCCCAGAGCGUGAUGAAGAUUCCGAUAGACAAAGCCACUUCGACAGGCCCCUCAAGGAGGUCCGUGUAGGCGAAUCUCCGAGCCGUCCCUGGGGUAUUUCGGUACCGAUCUUUGAUGCUCCUGUUAAUGGAAAUGGCUUGGACCGACCCGAAUCUCCUCCACCAGCACCUGUUAAGAUCCCUUCAUCACUAUCUCCAGAACCAGAUGGAACGCCGGUGAAGAAGACUGGGAAGUGUCCCUUCGAUCAUACGAAGAUGGCGGGAAUGAUGAAUGACUCGAGCCCUGUCAAACGCGAGGACAAAAGCUCUAUCAGACUUGCCGAUAUACCAACAAGCAGCCAAACUUCUAUCCCCGCACAUGAACCGGCUCUUGCAGCGAGCCAGCCGCCUCAACCUGCCUUUAUCAACCCAACUGAGGCAGAUUAUCGCAAGCAAGAUAAUAGGCCGCAGAUGCUCUUUACAGGUCCUGUUUUCAUCGGUUAUCCCAUUGAGGAUGCGAUCAGGUUUAUGCAGAGCUUCCAAGGACAGCAGUGAUACCUGUUGAGCUUGCUAUUGCAUAGCAAAUCGAUGGAUUCAUAUAACGAGCUACGACUUGAGUUUAUUGAUUCGUUAUGCUUUUUAACGUUGUUUUAUUGCCGAGCAAGGGUUUAUGUGGAAUUUGGCUAUUUGUGUUUGCUACUCACUGGAGCAAUUCGCUCUUAUGAGUUUGAGUCUUUACGCAACGAAAUGAAUUAGUAGCAGGCGGUGUUUUUUUUUUCUUGAUUACGGUCGCAUUAGUUAGGCGUUAGGAGAUGGGAUAUGAGAUGCACAGGACUGAUGAUACGAUACCCCUCAAAGUAGGAAAUUGCUUUUAGUUGAUAGUUGAUAAUGACCACAAGACCAAUACCAGUAAUAUUGCAUUGCAACUUUUCU